CCUAGACAAACUCAUAUCAGGCCACCCGAAGCGAUGGACAGCCCCUGGGAAUUGCUGCGCGACGGCGGGGAUGCCGAGCGCAAGGACCGGGGCCUGGUGCUGCGCGCCGUGCAAGAUGAGGGCAUCGCUCUGCAGUUCGCAGCGCCAGAGCUGCAGGACGACCGCGAGGUGGUCCUUGCUGCCAUCGAGCAGGACGCUGAUGCUUUGCAGUACGCCUCCGAAGACUUGAAGAAGUGCCGAGAGGUCGUUGCUGCCGCAGUGGCGCGUGAGGGUGCCACGCUGCGCUUUGCGGACGAGAGCCUUUGGAGUGACCGGGACCUUUUGCUGGCGGCGGUGACCCGUGACGGGCGCCUGCUGCGCUUGGCACCGAACUUGGAGCUGCAGGAUCAAGCCCUUGUGCUUGCAGCCGUCCGCCAGGAUGGUGAUGCCCUGCAAUUCGCCUCGGAAGAAUGGAGGGGCGACAAGGAGGUCGUGUUGGCCUCUGUCGCCAGCAGUGGGGAGACUCUGCAGAUCGCUUCGCAGGAGUUGCAAGACGAUGCAGACGUGGUCCGCGCUGCAAUCAGGUUUGACGGCCAGGUGUUGAAGUUCGCCUCUCCGCGGCUCCGCGGGGAUCGAGAGCUGGUAAUGCAAGCAGUGAAGCAGCAUGGCUGCGCUCUGGAGUUUGCCUCUGAGGAGCUGCGUGGUGACCACAACGUGGUGUGGCAGGCGGUGAACCGCACUCCUCGGUCCUUGAAGUUUGCCCUAGGUGGCCUUGCUGAGGACCAGGAGUUGGAGGAAUUGGCACGGGACGCUCGUUGCCGGAUUCAAGAAACUGGCAGGUAAUUUCCACAACAA